AUGUCUAGUUCGUCAAUAGACCAGAAUAUUGCUCCCUCCGUGCUGGGGACAGUUGAGCGAUCAGAUGUUACGUGCGAUACAGUCAUCACCAACAUCGACGUUAGACCCGACUCAAAAAACGACGGAGUUUGUCUGUGUAGAAGCAGAAAAUCACAACAAAAAUACACAUUGGCUUGCUUCAUUGUACUGUGUUUGGCGGUCACGUGGGUUGCAAGCACCCAACUAUGUCAGCAGACCUACAUUCCCAAUCAGUUUCAUUCUCCUCUACUCUGUAUGUAUUUCUGGACAGCGUGGCUGAUUCUAUUCUACCCCAUCUAUAUCGCUAUUGAGCUUAUUGUGUCCAAAGGAAACUUUCCUGUUGGACAAAGUUUGAGAGAGAACCUGUAUAUUUACGGACCGUACAGAUUUCAUCUUGGUCACUUUGCUUUCAAAACAAGCACACUGUGCUUUCUGUGGGGUACCACAUGUUACUCGUAUGUUCGUGCUUUGGACCCAAGUUUCCUGGAAGCCACGGAUAUAUCUGCAUUAUUUUCCACCAACCACAACUUUGCUUACAUGCUGUCUUGGAUCGUUUUAUUUGAGAAAUUUGUGCCACUUCGGGUAUUUGCACUGAUUUUGUCCACUUCCGGAAUUGUGCUGUUUGCCUACGCCGACGGAUUUGGUUCACAUUCAACGUGGGGUGUUGUUUUAUCAGUCUGCUCAUCAGCAUCUUUGGCAAUCUUUAAGGUUCUGUUCAAGAAAUGGAUUGGAUGCGUCAGCUUCGGGCAGCUUUCCAUGUUUUUAUCCAUCAUGGGCCUUGGAAAUCUGCUCACAUUGUGGCCAGUGUUAAUCACCUUACAGUACACGGAGAUCGAGUACAUAAAGGCCAGCGUACCUUGGACCUACCUUUUCGGAACAGCUGCCUUAAUGAUAGUUUUUCAGUUUUUAUCAAACUACACUGAAUGCUUGACGAAUGAACUUGUGACUGGCCUUGGAAUGGUGGUGGCGAUCCCAAUGUGUGGAGUGUCCGAUUACAUCUGGAGAAAUCGUCACUUCAACGGCAUGAAAUUUGCUGCAGUGGUGCUGUCGACUUUGGGCCUUUUAUUGGUGCUAAUUCCGGACACGUGUUUCAGCGAGGUCUGCACGUCAUGUGUAAAAUACAUGCAUACAAAACCUAAUGUUACACAACCUGAAAGAAGGACAAGGAGAUAUGGGAGAGAAAUUAAUCGAGCGUAA